AUGAGUACGUUAUACAUGAAGCGGAGGUCGGGGGAGUUCAGGGUGGUUCCAGCAGAGGCUGGAGAAGGUUCGCGAGCGUUCGAGCAGCCCGCGGCGCGCGCUCCAGAACUGCACUUUCCCGAGCGCAGCCACUCCAGCAGUCCACUGCGCAACCCGCGUGCAAUCCAGCGCUGCAUUUCUAUUGAGCGCGAGCGCUCGAACAGCCCGCGGCGCGCGCUCCAGCAUUGUAUGUCGUUCGAGCGCGAGCGCUCCAGCAAAGCACUGACGCUGCAUGCUUCAUUUCGCGGUCCGUUCAACAUUGGGCGGGGUCGGAGCCUUGCGUCCAUCUCCUCCUCGUGGAGGGGCCUGGACUGGUUGAGCGGUCCGUGA